UUCUUGUCAGGACCUCAACUGGGACGACAUGAGCACCAAGUCCGAUCGAGGCGAGGCGGUUCGUCUCGUCCUCACCAACGCCGGUAGUCUGCAUGCGCACGUUGUUCGGACGAGGAGAGUCGGCGACCGCCGCUACGCAGUCCUUCGACGCGAAUCCGUCGCCUCCAGGUCCCCGGAAUCCACCAGGUCGAUCGUCGCUGUCGUUGAGCUCCGUCGUGCUGCCCCGACGCGGAGCCCGGCCUCGUCCGCGUCGCUGUGGAGCUCGCCUCCAACCUCGAUCUCCCCGCGCCGUCGCGGUGAGCCCCUGACCUCUCCUUGUCGCUCGCUCACGGCGGCGCUGCUGGUUUCUCGAGCCGCCGGUGAGCGCCCUGCCAUCAUCCCCAUCCGCCUCCGUCGCAUGCACCGCAGCCUCGCGCGCGCUCGACGGCACCAAGACAAAUCUCCGCGUCCGUGUCAUCGCCUGGAGGUCGCACCAGCUGGCGGCCGUCAUCGAAGCUAUGUCCGUGCCGCUCUGUCCCGGCGCCGCGCACGCUGCUGUCGGCGACGACGUCUCCAUCACGUCCGAGACGCUCAGAUGGGCCAGCCUAGUCCACCUCGCCAUCCUCUCACAGUCCCAGUCGAGCGUCGGCCGUCGCAGCUAGCUGAUAACAGCCGUUGGAUCAAGAUCCUAGGGCCGCUUACCUCUUCGUCUUGUCCGACGCAAGUGGGCAGGCCAAGGUCGGUGCAGCCCAAGUAUUUUAGAUCUCAGCCAGAAAAGAUACGAACGCCGCCGAAAAAGAAGAUCGGAAUCAUCCCAGAGAUUCGAAGAUGAAGUUCAGGGACAAAUAGCCAACCAAGGCAAGCCACCUCUUGAUGCAUCUCUGAUCCUAUAUAUCUUGCUCUUGCAUUAUUGCAGGUUUUAUAAAGUGCAUAUCUUCUGUUUAUUAUGUCGGUGGUUAACGCCACCCGGAGUUUUAUUAAUCCACCCUUAGGGUGCAGCCCUCCUUGGUACCUACUGAUCACACCUCUAUUAGUGAUAUGGUGCUUAUCACCUUGUCAUCCUUGUCGCCAUUUUUUUUGAAGAAGAAUUGGACUAUAGGUUGGGAGCCCUGGAAAAAUGGUUA